UUCUAAACCAAUAACCUCUCUGCUGGACAAACCAGAGGAAAGACCUAUGAAGGCAGCAGUCUCACCAGUAAAGCAGAGGAGAAAUCCAUUUAAUUCUGCUUCAUCAGUUGAUAACUUGAACACCGCGGAAUGGGAAAACAGACCAGCAACUCUACCUCCACUGUCAAAGAAGGAAACUUUGUCGCCCUUGGCAGAGACCCAACCUAAACCGAACUUGCCAAAUGAUGAAAUGGAGAAACAUAAGAAGCCUUCUGUAGAACCUACUGAUGAAUCACAGAAGGGACUAGUUAAGCGUCCUGUCCCAAAAGCUCGAAAAUUAAUUCACAAAACAACAGAUUCUGUGUCACAACGAGACGACUUUGUUCCAAAACCAGCCAAAUGGACCGAGAGGAUGAACGGCAUCGGAACGCCGCCCAGGGGCAUUCUGAAGCGCAGUUCAAGUUCCAGUUCCACCGACUCAGAAGUUCGUGUUGGUCAGAUGUUAGAUGUUCAGAAAAAGAAUGGUCUUCCUGCUGCGACUAUUUUUGAAGGCAAAGCUGAGAAGAACUCUCUAACGGGAGAAGCGGAAGACUCCACACAGAUUUCACUGGAAAAACUAAAACAAGUGAGGUUCUCAUCUAGCUCAGGUAAAGGAGAACCCCUGCAACGCGCAGAACUGCACCAUGGUAGAGAAAGAGGGGAGUUUGAUUUGUUAGAAUCUGAUGAAGUAAAGAGUAGUGGAAAUGAUGCUAUUGGAUCAGAUUCAUUUGGGAAUAAGCAAAUUCCUGGUGUGAGGCCUUUUGGAACCAAUUCAUCAGCUUUACAGAUAAAACCAGUAGAUGGCUUACAAGAAGACACAUCGGCAUCCGGCCCCUCUGACACUAAUAGAUCAGUGUUCCUGGAUGAUGAAAACUUGCAGACAAAGGCAGUUUCUCCUAAGAAACUUGCAACUCCACAGAAGACCUCCAGUAAUAUCCUGCCAGACAGCAAUAACGAACUGAGCGUUGAUGACACAUGUGAAAAUAAACCCAACCAGAUCUUGAGUCAUGAAUCAAAAUCACAGAAAAACUUUACUGGUGAACAUCAGCUUUCUGCCGGCAGAGAAGCACAUGAGAUGUCAAACAUGAAUUCUACAAGUCUUCAACAAGGUUCAGAAGAAGAACUAAACCCUGUUUUGAUGGCUUUGAAAAGGAGUGCAGAUAGGAAAAUGCCUUCCAAAAGUCUAGAGGAUAUUCCAUCAGCCACCUCAAAUAAAAGAAAAAUAAGUAAGCCAAAAGAAGAAUUAGCUCUUAGUGCUGAAGAUGGUCUCAAACCUGAGCAGCAUCAAGAGAGGAAUCAAAAUGCCGCAGGAAUUUCCACAGUGCCUUCACAGCCUGAUAAACUAUUUUCCAAUCCGGAAAAACUCAAAGGACUGAGCAAGUCAGUACCAUCAUUCCUCCAGGAAGAGAGUGAUGACAGAGAGACAGAUACAGCAUCAGAAAGCAGUUAUUCCCUUGGCAGAAUCAAGAAGAGUCCCAGCUCUCUAACCAAUCUUAGCGGCUCUUCUGGCAUGGCCUCCUUAUCCUCUGUGAGUGGAAGUUUAAUGAGCAUCUACAGUGCAGACUUUGGCAACGUUGAUGUGCAGGGGAACAUUCAGUUUGCCAUCGAUUACGUCGAACAGCUGAACGAGCUCCACAUCUUUAUUUGCCAGUGUAAAGAUUUGGCGGUGGCAGAUGUCAAGCGACAACGUUCAGACCCGUAUGUAAAGACUUACCUGCUUCCGGAGAAGUACAAGCUGGGCAAACGGAAGACCUCUGUCAAAAAGAAAACUUUAAGUCCAGUCUAUAAUGAAAUACUGCGGUAUAAAAUUGAGAAGAGUCUCCUAAAGAACCAAAGCCUUAAUAUCUCUGUGUGGCACAACGAUACCUUUGGGAGGAAUAGCUUCCUUGGGGAAGUGGAGCUGGAUUUAGGAACUUGGGACUGGAACGAUAAAUCAAACAAGCAGAUCAACUGGUUUCCACUCCAGCCAAGGACUUCUACAAUAGCUCUUCCACUAGAAAGGGGAAGAGGGGAGAUGAAACUAGCCCUCCAGUAUGUCCCCCACCCUGUUGGAGGAAAGAAGACUCAAUAUACUGGUGAGGUCCACAUCUGGGUGAAGGAAUGUCAUGACCUUCCUCUUCUGAGAGGCAACAGGCUCAACUCUUUCGUUAAGUGCACUGUUCUUCCAGACACGAGCAGAAAAAGUCGCCAGAAGACAAGAACAGUGGCGAAAACUACAAACCCAGUAUUCAACCACACCAUGGUCUACGAUGGCUUUAGACCAGAAGAUUUGAAAGAAGCCUGCAUAGAACUCACAGUCUGGGAUCACAACAAACUUGCCAACCACUUUCUGGGAGGUCUCAGGAUAGGCCUUGGAACAGGCAAAAGCUAUGGAACUACAGUAGACUGGAUGGAUUCUACUUCAGAUGAAACUGCCCUUUGGGAGAAGAUGAUGAAGUCGCCGAACACGUGGAUAGAAGAUACGCUACCUCUCAGGAUGCUGAUGGUUGCAAAAUUGACAAAAUAAGGUGGCUUUUGAAUUGCUAGUGUCAAAAAGAAGCCUUGGAAAUGAAAUUAAAGGUCAGGGGAUGAAGCUUGGAAGAGGAACACUGCAGCUCUUUUGACAGCUUCUCUGUUGUUCUGGUUUUAUGCUGUCAGACGUUACUUCGCAUUUCAAAUUAAGCUUCUGCGUG